GAACUAGUCAUAUCUACAUAAACGAAUGCUGGUGUAAGAAGUGUCGUACAUAAUAUAGUUUGGUGUUGUCCCCGCUAAUAUUUAUAGCACGUCUGCCCAACUGUAUGUUGAGAGAAUUGUUUGACCUUGUUUCAUCUAAUAAUCAAACAACGUAUAAAUACACGCACUGUGGCACCAUACUUUUCACACACAAAGAAGCACUAGCUCCAUUGUAAUGGCUACUACUCAUUCAGCCAAUUUGUUCUUGUCUUUCUUUUUCAUUCUUUUUUUCUUCUCUUCUACCACAUCUGCUGCAUCAAAAGAUACCAUCUGCAACAACACUCCUUUUCCGAAAUUCUGUAAAGCUGUUCUGCCAGAUAACGAUGCAUCCGUAAAUGAUCAAGGCCGAUUUUCAGUUCAGCAAUCCUUAUCGAUGACACAGAAUGUUCUGUCAGUAAUCAACACUUAUCUCGGCCAAAGAUCUGCAUUAUCUAAAAAUGUGAUUCAGGCUCUUGAGGACUGCCAGAAUCUCUGCAACCUGAACAUGGAUUUCUUGUCAGAAACCCUCGGAGCCAUCCGUCAGACGGAUAGCGUUGAGAAGCUGAAAGGCAGAGAUUUGUUGACAUUUCUUAGCGCGGUGAUAACUGAUGUACAAACUUGUCUAGGGGGACUUGAGGCCGUGGCCUUACCUUCGGGUCUAGAGAGUGUUAUUGUGCCUCCACUAUCUAAUGGGAGCAUGAUGUAUAGUGUAGCACUUGCAAUUUUCAAGAAGGGAUGGGUUGAAAAUCUGGUUGAAGGCCGAAUUUUGGCUGAGAAAAAGCCUCCGACGUCUAGUGGAGGUUUGAAGCUUUAUCCAGGGGGAGACAAUGUCAAGGUGAGUCAGAUGGUUUUUGUGAACCCUAAUGGAAGUGGGAAUUUCAGUACUAUCAAUGAUGCUGUCGCUCUAGCUCCGAAUAACACUGAUGGAACUAAAGGGUAUUUCGUGAUACGCAUAGCAGCAGGUGUUUAUGAAGAAUAUCUUAAUAUAACUAAAACGAAAAAGUAUAUUAUGAUGAUCGGAGAUGGAAUCAAUCAGACUAUAGUAACAGGCAAUCGUAGCGUCACUGAUGGGUGGUCUACAUUUAACACUGGAACACUAAUUGUUGUAGGACAAGGAUUUGUUGCAGUAAACAUGACAUUUCGAAACACAGCAGGAGCCAUCAAUCAUCAAGCUGUGGCGGUUCGAAGUGGUGCAGACUUAUCUGCAUUUUAUCGAUGCAGUUUCGAAGCUUAUCAAGACACCUUGUACACUCAUUCGUUAAGACAGUUUUACAGAGAAUGUGAUAUUUACGGAACUGUAGAUUUCAUAUUUGGCAACGCCGCAGUUGUUCUCCAAAACUGUAACAUUUAUCCGCGGCUACCAAUGGAAGGCCAAUUCAAUGCCAUAACCGCACAAGGCAGAACAGAUAUCAACCAAAACACCGGGACCUCCAUCCAGAAUUGUACUAUUACAGAAGCAGAGAAUUUGGGCUCAACUGCUACGUAUCUGGGACGGCCUUGGAAGCUGUAUUCAAGAGCGGUUUAUAUGCAAUCGUUUAUGGAUAGCUUGAUUGAGCCUGCUGGUUGGAGCAUAUGGUCCGGAGAUUUUGCAUUGAAUACCUCAUAUUAUGCUGAAUACAACAACAGAGGUCCAGGAUCCGAUACCAGCAACAGGGUUACGUGGGAAGGUUAUCACGUGAUUAAUGCUACGGAUGCUGUUAAUUUUACUGUCUCCAAUUUCUUAUCGGGAGAUAGUUGGUUGCCUGCGACGGGUGUUCCAUAUUAUGGUGGUUUGUAGAUCAAAUUCAGUUUUAGCUGCAGGUUUGAGGUUA